CUCACAGCUCGCAAGAUGGCUGUACGGUAUGCAGAGCCAGCGAUUGAGGGGAAGUCGUUACUUGGCCAGCAUGGCCUCACGUGUGACAGUUUACUAUGGAACAGCCUAGCUGCCGCCGCCUCAGUCUGACUUGCUCAGCGUUGCCGUUGGAGUACCGUGUAGUGCGCUCUCUCUUGCUGUGAUUCAUUGCUGUGCUGUGCCGUGGGUUUCUUCGUUUUCAUAUUGCUGCGCAGUCAGGGACUACCCCCUCCCCUUCUUUCCUGUGGAGUAGUGCAGAGAAGUUUGUGAGCGGAAAACGUCAAGAUGGACGCGUCUGAUGUAGAUCACAACUUCGAACCCCAGACCAGGGCGCGGUCGAAUACCUGGCCUUUGCGCCCUAGUCGUGAACUUGAUCCCCAGAGCAGUCCUGCCUCGGAGGAUUCGAACGCCGAUGGACAGAUCAAGGCGGAAAAAGACCCUCUCGGACUAACUGCAAAGAAGAGUGGGUCAAGGAGAAAUGCGUGGGGUAACCUUUCUUACGCUGACCUUAUAACGAAGGCUAUUCAGAGCUCUUCUGAAAAACGAUUGACUUUGUCGCAAAUUUACGACUGGAUGGUGCAAAAUGUCCCAUACUUCAAAGACAAGGGGGACAGCACUAGUUCGGCUGGCUGGAAGAACUCCAUCCGGCACAACCUUUCCCUUCACAGUCGCUUUAUGCGAAUACAAAAUGAGGGAACUGGAAAGAGCUCCUGGUGGGUCAUCAAUCCAGAUGCUAAACCUGGAAAGGCACCACGUCGCAGAGCUGGCAGUAUGGAGACAAAGAGUUAUGAGAAGAGGAGGGGCCGUCUCACCAAAAAAAAAAAUGAAGCCCUACAAAAUGGAGGUAGUCCCCUUACAGGCAGUUCUGAGGAUUUUAUAGACACUCUUGCAUUUGGUGACUUCAGACAACGUUCUAGUUCUAAUGCCAGCAGCUGUGGCCAUCUCUCACCUAUUCAUGCUGGAGUUGAGUCUGAUCUCCAUGACAACCAGGUUCCCCCUAUGUCUACAAUACCAUGGGAUGAUGAAGUAGAAGAUUCGCAGGGAAUGUACUCUGGGUCAGACAACUACUCAGAGCUCGUGGGUUCUCUUGUGGUGGGCAUGAAACUGACCACACAGGAUAACAUAGAUAUGGAAAACGGAAUAUCAGAAGACCCCUAUACUAAUGGGCCAUCCCAGGAGUUCGCCCAGUCAGCAAACUAUAUGAGUAUGAGCGAGCAGAUGAGUGAUGCUGGUCCAUACACGCAUCUUCCUGCACCUCCUCCUUACCCUGAUUGCAACCCUAAUUCCCAUCAGCUGACCAACAUGGAGUGUGCAGCCUUUCCUAAUGAGAGCUACACUAAUCUGAAUUGUGGGAUGAAUGGAUUCCGCCAGUCAGACUUGCAACGUAUUAGUAGUGCAACACAGCUCUCUGUCAACACCCAGCAGGGCCAGCUUACCUCCCCAGACCAAUCACAGCAGGGUAGCCCCAACCCUCAAACAUUCACCCCUCAGCGCCUCAGCCCUCAGAUGCAGCGUACAACCUCUCAGUCCAGCAUGUCACCUCUGAACUGUCAACUCUCCCCACAGCAGACAAGGGCAGUUGCCUCACCUGUCCAGCGUUCCAGCCCUUCUUUGCAGCAGCAAGCUGCCAUGCAACAAGCAGUGACCAAUGCUUCCAUCCUGAGGGAAGCUUUGACAAGGGGGUCAUAUGGCCAGCCCCCUACUACCACCACACCCUUCCCCUUGGGCACAGCUGUCACAAGCAGUAUCAAUGCUAACAUACUGAACAUGGGACCCAGCUCUCACCAUCACAUGCAGCAACAUAGCCCUCAGCACCAGCAGCUGCGUAUCUCCCCAUCUACUACUAACUCAUACAUUUUAGGGACAGGAAGUGGAACUGGUUGUGGUUUAGUGGCCAAUGGCCCAAGCACAAACUGCUGCAACAACAACAGCAUUGUUGGUGGUAGCCAUGUUCCCUUAGACAUUGACAUGGAAUCCCUGAUUGCAGUGGACUAUGACAUGGAUCAGGUGAUAAAACAAGAGCUUUCACUGGAGGGCAGCCUUGACUUUGACUUUGCAUCUGCUGCAGGCCAGAGUAUUGUACAUUGAAUAAACAUGAACUUAACUUGACAGGUUUAUGUUGCUGUGUUGGAUAAAGACAGAAGCAGCUUUAUGAAAGACCUUUGCUAAUUCUUAAAGCUUGUGAUGAAGUAAUGAUGUACUUUGUAGGAAAGGACAGUGGUGAUCAUACUUUUCAUUCAUCUGAUUCUUUGAAUUUGCAGACAGUUUUCCAAACAUUGGUCUCAUUUAAUAUGUUGUUCUUGUGCAUUGUGGGUUCUACGUGCUUUCUGUGGAAAUAUAAUUGGUGCACUUCUUAAAAGUGCAUUAGUGACAUAACAUAAACAUAGUAUCAUAUUUGUUUCAUAUGGAAACUGAUCACCUUUUGGAACUGGAACAUUCAUAAAUAUAUGAAUGUAUAUGUACAAAUAAUGAAUAAUAGGGCAGCGUCAUUUUUGCAAAUUUCUCACUUCUUAAGUUUUUAUUAGUAAUUUUUUUAAUAUGUUACUUUUGUUUUUUGUUUGUUUUGUUGGUUUUUAUUUUUAUUUUUUUUUUUUUUUGUGGGGGGCAGGGUUUAUUUGUACCAUGUCAGGCAAGUGUACUUGCAUGUGUGCAUGAUCAUCAUAGGUAAGUGUUCUGCUGAUGUGCCAGCCUGCUUUUCUGAAGAUGUCACACAAGUCACAAAAUGUGAGUUACAACUGCAAAUUUGUAAAUUUGUCAUCUGUAAAACUUUUGAUCACAUUCUUCACUAAUGCCUAAUGAUUGUGAAAGCUUACUACUGUUCACAGUGUCCUUCACAGAAAAUAUCAAAUCUAUUCUAAAUACUUUUUGAAGAAUAUAGUGAUUGUGAUGUUUGUGAAUUUGAAUGCUCUUCAGUGUUUAUUUUUCUAUUACUAUUCUUAUUAUAUAGUUUAGCAUUUAGCUAUAAUUAUUAUGCUUGUAGUUGUGCUUUUGAUAACAGCUGUUUAUCUAGAAAACAUUUAUUCAGUUGUUUUAUUUUCUCCAAAUGACAUUCAUGAGUUAUCAGGUUGUGAAAACAGUCUUGAUUUUUAGGAAACAAAAUGGAACAGGUAGGGAAAGUUGAGACAGUGAAGCAAAAUUGCUGCAUGUCUUUGGGAGGUAUAAUGAUUUUGGCUGGUGGAGGUGUACGGAAACAUCAUGUCAUCAGAGAGAAUUAUUCUAAUAGAAUACAGAAAAGUAUAACAUCUUGCAUUUUUGUGCAUUGCCAGCAUUAUCAUUUUCAGAAGUAUAUAACCACUUUGACUGUUAGAUCGAGCUAAACUUUUAGUCUCUUUUCCAAGGGAAAAAAUAAGUCAUUUUCUUAUUUCACCUUUUGUUAAUAUAAAGCCUCUAAUGUGAUUCAGUUAUUUGUGAACCUCCUGAGGAAUCCACUUCUGCUUUUUACACCAGCUAAAGUAAAUAUAACACCACCCAAAGUUUUUGUAUAAUUUUUUUUUAAGUUCAAUUGUGUUACAACUUACAUAAUUGCUGAGGUUUUUUAUGUUAGUAGUUACAUCAUGUAUAUACCUGUUGAUUUCAUAUCUUGUGUAUCUGGCUGAUAAAUCAUCUUGUCAUUUUCAAUGAAAUUUAUCAGCCUUUAGUAUUUUAAAAUGCCGGUGCAACUGCAAGUUGAUUUGCCUGAUUAUGUAGUAAAGGUUUAGAAAUGUUGCAUUGUUCUAAAGACUUACAUAGGGAUCUGUACAUAAGACACGUAAGUUUCAUAUGCCCUUUGUAUCAAGGGAUUGAAUCUUUUGAAUUAACAUGUUUGUUGCUCGCUUGGAGGAAGAAAUUUUUAAAAUCACACGAAGUGCAUUGUCUUGAAGUAGAGGAACAUGUUGGGAUUUUUUUUUCCAAAAGUCUAAACAAAACUUGUUAUACUUAAGGACUGGAUCAUAUUUUUGUGUUUUGUGUUUACAAAAUACAAGCAGCUUUUUUUUUUUUUUCAAAAAAUGAGGAUAUAAGUUUUAAGUACAUCAAGGAUAUUGCUUCUGAAAGAAAUAGUUGACCAGCAAAUAAUAUAAAAUAAAAUUAGUACAAUUUUGCGCUUUUAUGAAAGUCAUGAUAAUUUUAAUUUAGUUUUCAGUGACUUCACAUGAUAAGUGUGUUGCCAUUGCCCAUUUACUAGAAUAUGAUGAAAUAGGAGUAGAUUGAGCAAUAUUUUUAAGGGAAAAAAAUCACUGUCAUGUGUGUUGCAACACACCAUAGAUGUAAAUUUCUUCCAUGGGUUCUCUUUGCUUUUGCCUAUCUGCACAUGUGUAUAUAUGGAUGUGUGUGUGGAGGGGGGAAUGAGUGGAUGGGAAAGAGAGAAGUGACCUGUUAGCUGAUUUGUUGUAAAAAAAAAAGGCAUGUGAUCAGAAGCUGAAGACUAAAAUUUGUUGAUGGGAUUUUGAACGUAUGAGGAAAGUCUUUGAUAUUGUUUUGUUUGACUGUGAUAAAUGUAGAAUAAAAUUAUUAACUGUUUUUGACUAAACUAAUCGAGAAAUUUGGAUUUUAAUUGUGUUGGAUAACCAGAUAUAGAUUACAAGUUACAAUGUUAUGGUACUUGAUUUUCUAAAUUUGAGAUGGUGGAGUGAUUUGGGGUACUGAUACCAUCAUAACUGUUGUUACCUCUAGCUAGUUGUUUAUUAUCAAAUCAGCCACUUUCUUUCAAAAUGCUUGCCUCUUCACUCAAUGGUGUCAUUUUUAUAUUCUAUUAACCCUGUCAUUGGUUUAGUGUCAUUAACAAAAUAGGUGAAUUAACCUGUUCUCAUAACCAUGAAAUCGGAAUACUUGUUCUUAAAAAAACAUGUUCACGUGUUAACCUGUUUACAGGCCAAUAAACUAAGUUACCAUUUAACUCAUAUACUCGUUGAACUCAUUAUAUUAGCCUGCUGAGCAGCUGUCUUGUCAUUUAUUUACUAGUUUUAUAUGUAUAAUUUCACUUGGUGAAAAGAUGGAUUAAUAGUUAAACAAAAGUUAAUGUGGUAUAUUAAAUAAGAAUGGACAUGGCAGUUAAUAAGAGAUUUAGAGAGUUUCACGCAAAGAAAUUUAACUUAACAUAAUGAUAAUCGUAGCAGUUCUGCUUUAUUGUCUUAAUUUGUACUUGAAACAAGCUAGGUUGCAUGUUUUGAUUUCUUAAAAUUUUUAUUUGUAUGGAAAGUCUGAAUACCUAGUGACACUUGAGUCUGUAGAUGAGCAAUUUCUUAAAUUGUAACAGAAUUGUAGCUUCAAAGGAGAGGUUUGGUGAUUAGUCCCUUUAGUAAUAUUUUUUUAAUGUCUCAAUUUGGGUAAAGUCUUGUUCAGUAUCGAAAUGUCAGCUUGAUCAUGAAAAUGCUUUUGUAAAACAUUAGACAUCCACUUUGGGUAAAAGUGUACAUUUGUGUCAUUGUAAUAGCAUCGUAUGACAGCACUUUGAAAUCGUUAGGUUUUAUUAAAUUAUUAAAUUUUAUUAAAUUUUGUUAAGGUUCUAAAGUCUUUAGUUCAACUUCAUCAGAAGGCUUAAAUAGAUUAACAGAUUUAUUCUGGUAAUAUUGUAGACCUUGUAGUGCAAAGAUUGGUAGUAAAAUGGUUCAGAAUGAGUCCUGAAACAAUGUCUUCAUUGUUGAGAUUGCAAGUAUGACUUCACAGGAUUAGUGUUAGGGUAAAUCUUGUUGACUUUAUAUUGUCUUUGGUGCCUUAUGUCACAACAAACUAACAUUAAUUAAUCAUACCAAAAAGAUCUCUCAUACCUCAGAGUUUAAUUUGGAAUGGUUGUAAAUGUCUCUGUUGAACUCCAGAUUAUUUUCCAGUCCUGGAUACCAUUGUUUCUGGGUCCUUUAAAAAUGUUAGGAAUUGUUUUUAUGCCUUUACUGGCCAGAGUUAACCCACAUGUAUCUAUGUACAUUUGAGAUGAAGUGUAUAUAGUAGUAGGAUGUCUGUGGUAGAUUGCCAGUGGUUUGAAUGUCUGAUACAUAGCAGUGAGGGUCAUGUUUGCUGAGAGGAAGAGCUUGUGCAUGUGCAGAAAUAUGGAAAGGCAGUUUUCUUGUUUGUUACUUUGGUGAUAGUUUCUGAAGGCUGCACAAAAAAGAAACAGAUUUUUAGAUCUCCGUCGUCACUAGCGUUUAUAAUCAGUCCUGUAACAUUAAAAUAUAUUUAGGUUAGCUACAUAAAAGUAUUCUUUUGUUUUUUGUUAUAGAAUUGUCAAAAUAAGAUUUUUUUAUCUGCUCCAAGUAUGCUUUACACUUGUGUUUGCAAAAAUUUCUUGUUAUAUGUAGAGAGUAGAUUUAGACUUUAGAGGCUGAUGCAUGUCAUCUUUUGCAUGAAACUGAAAAGUAAUCGGAGCGCACAAAGGUCAUGUUUCCUUGUGUACCUCGUAUGUAACCAUCAAUCAUGGGUGACUGUUGCGACCUAUUCACAGUUCUGCCUUGAUUUUUUGAUACAAUCCCUUGGCAUGCAUUUUAAGUUCACCUUUUUUUUUUUUUUUUGUUCUUUUGUCUUGUAGGCAGUUUUUAAUAGCCUUUUGAAUAUGAACAUUUUAAACCAUAAGAACAUUCAGAAGGAGCAGCAUUUAGAUCACUAUUUCUUUCAUAAUGGCUGAGGGUGCAGGGUAAGUGAAGUUGCUGUGCAAGUCUUGAUGGGUGAUCUUUCUGGAAGGCAGGUGGUGGUGAUGGAGAUUUUUCUGGGCUUAAAGCAUUGUACAUGUGUUGAGGCAGAUUUUCUGAAAAUGGUUCAGUGGCGCAUCCUGCUACAAAGAGUUCUGCCAGUGUGUGGAGGUGCCAUGUCUCACUUCAAUACAUGCUGCUUGACUGUAAACUAGGAAUCUUUUUUUGAGACAUGAUAUGUAUUUCAGAUAAAGUUUCUGUUGAUAUUACUGUUAUUUUACACCAGCCUGCCACUAUAUCAUUCUGUGAUCUGUUUCCAGUUUUGCAGAAUGUUUCAUGAUGAGCUGUGUGUAUAUAUAUAAACAUAAACAUAUAAGGAUAGGGAAGUUCUGCAUGCUCACUUGAUUGCUUUGAAGCAGAUGUCUUGGCGCUUACCUCUCCAUUGGGUUCCUUGGCACUCACUUGUUAUCACUCAUCUAGUGGUAUGCUUGUUGAGGAAGCACUUUAUAGUUUUAGAAAAAUUAUUUGGCUGCCUGAGUAGUCUGUCUUCAUAAAUUGAUGCAAAGCAUUAGGUUCUGGGUCUAUUCAUCAUUUUACCAGAAAUUUAACUCAUUUUCCUUAAAAUCCGGACUUAAAGGUUGGAUACUUAUAGUGUGUGUGAGAGACCAUUUUAUGUGCUAUAUCUAAGUGUUUAAAUUUUUAUAGCAUCGGAUUGGAAGAAUUUUUUUUUUUUUUUUAUAAAUUUCUGGUACUCGGCUUGCCUACCAUGAACUCCUCUUGUAGCUAAUUGGUCGAAUUGUCCAGUGAGGCUAUGUGCCGAUCUUCAACCGUUCCCUGACAACCGUUCAACGGUUCGCUCGCUCGCUCACUCACCCGCGUGCUGAGUGUGCCCCCUGCUUGCAGUGCCGCAAUGUCAGGUGAUUUGGCAGGCUGUUCUUACAUUUGGCUUUGGUUGCAUUUCCUCUCCACCAAAGUCCUUUCCACCGCCUUCAGUGAAGGGGAGUGCGUCUGUGUGUGAUGCAAAUGUAAAAAGAACACGCUGCUCAGUCGCUUGUGAAGUAUAUGUUACAUGAAAGAUGUGUGCAAGGGUAACUGAGCACACUAGAAACUAAUACACGUACGUCGUAAAGCAAUGCAAGGAAGGAUCAAAUUCAGUAACUUUUUGUUUUUCACGGCAAGAAUUUUCAACUAUAUUAUGGCCUUUUUUUUUUCCAAGUGCUUCAGAAUGCCCUUCUCGUACUCGCACACCCACACCCCUCGCCCACAACCAGUUUUCCAUGAUCGCGUGUUAUUGAAUGUUGAAAGUGAUGCAAGAACUCGAGUUUGUCAUCGUCGUCGUUGUCUUGAUCAGCUUUAUGUGUUUGGUAUUGACUGGUGCCUUUGUUCAUGCCGUUACUGUGUGGCUUGAUGAGCGUGUUGUUAUUUCGUUUUAACUGUACUUGUUUAUGGCUGCCUUUUGUUUUAUCAUAUCAGCCCGUUUGUUGCCUACACAGCUAACAAGUACCAGCAUUCCACAGAGCAAAACAUUUUUGGGGAAUCGGGGGGAGUGUACAAAAGCAGAACCGGUCACCUUAACUUUAUUUUUGUCUUAAUAGGUAGCUCUAGUGAGAUAGACAGGUUACUAUGAGCGAUCACGGAGAAAAGAUCAACGUGUUCCCUGCUGCGCCAGUCGCCAUUCUUUGAUUGUAGAUAAAUGUCAGUUUUAGGGGGGGCUAGGGUGCACAAAGCGCCGCUGGAUGUGUAAUCCUAGCAGUCAGCUAUUAUAUUUUUAUUAUAAGCAUUUUAGUUGACUGCUACUCAUUCCCCAUCCAGCUAGCCUGUCCUUUGUUCGCCACGGGGAAAAAGAUGCCAUUAAACCUCUUUUUUUUUUUCAAUAUGAUGGUUCAAAUUCAGACGUAGCUUGAUCAGAUCCUGGUAGAUUCUCCUUGCCUUAAUUUUGGAGAGAGGAAAUAAUGGGAGCUGUUGUAAGCGAGAUCUGCUUCGAAUGCACAAAAACAGUUUGUGCCAUUGUCGAAUUUUUUCUUGCUUCAUGGUUUUAUUUUAUUUUUACAUUUUUCUGGAUUUUAAAGGUCAUGUGCAUAGAAUGUUUUUUUUUUUUUUUUUUAAAUAGUACAGUUUUGCGUCACUGCAAAUGGCUUAGGUUUCUUUAUAAGUUUUGUUCAAACCCAGGAUGUUAAAAAAUACAGAAACAUGCCUUGUCGAGUUUUGGUGGCUUAGUAUAAACAUUAACAUUUUUAAGUGCGGAAUUGGUACACAUACAUGCCGCGUAUAUAUGUGAAUUCAUAUAUACACUCACAGUUAUAUACACACAUAUUACCAAAUGGCCGAAAGCUAGACAUGUGAUGAAAUAUUUUGUAUCUUACUAAUGUUGAUUUUUUUUUUUUAAUGAUCGGCAUGCCCGCAACAUGACACUUGUUGGAUUGCAUUUCUCACUGUAAUAGUGCAGUGACCACCAUAAUGAUUUCAUGUGCAGUCGCUCAUCAAAGUUCCUUCGGCAGCAUGUUGCUGCCCACGCUAUGCUUAUUUACUCGCUGUACAAUUGUCUGUACAUGUUGUGGUGAAAACUGCGUAAGAAACAAGCAGCUGUACAUGUGACUACUGUGAAUGUACACUGCACAAGUGUACAUGUUUUAGUGGAUUUCCGAUACAUCAUUGUCUCUGUGUGUCUACUGCUUAGGCCUCUCGUAUAUGCGGAUCUAGCAGAAAUAAAAACAUUGUGGACAAAUUA